CCUCCCCUUGGCCGGAAAAACGAAUGAAAAAAAAAAAAAAUACCUCCUUUUAACGCAUGUAAACGUGCAUACUUGUACGUGUACAUAUUCACAUAUACAUACUUACGUACGCGUAAGCGGAUGCGUGAACGCGUUAACACAGCUCUGUGCGUAGGGAUAUCCCUUUGGGUGGGCGCUUUUUAUCGCUCCAACUCUACAUUUUUUGGUUGGAAGAGAAGAACAAAUAAUGUGUGAGUGCUGAAAGGGUGGCUGCCGCUUAAGUGAAAGAGGAAGAAAAUACCAUCGGGCAAAACGUAAGGAUAAGCAGAAUCGAAGAGGCACGGCAAAGUGAGAAAGCGCGCGAGCAACAGCUUAAGCGAACAUCGCUGCAAAUGUGAGUAAAAGUUUUACAGAUCGAAAGAGGCACAAUAAAUCGGCAUGAACUGCGUAUGAUAGGAGCGCAUACUCCACUGUGCACACGCCCGAACGUUCACACAUAAUUGCCGCACCGUGAGCAUAUAUUUACAACUUAGCGCAGGCCCCUUUUGCGCGUCCCCCUUUUUGUGCGUAAGCACGUUGCAAACGGUCCCACGUGGUACAUUAUAACCCAGGAGAAAAGAAGGCGCGAGCAAAGGGGGAACAUACGCUCCUUGUGUUUACACCGGCGUAGGGCAUAUAAGUGUGUAGCCGCAUAUACACCUCCACCCGCAUGCACAUACCUGCGUAACUUUGCAAACCAUGGGAAACACGCAAGGCGGAAUGAACAACAACCCCUACGGAUUUUUAGGCAAAAAAGAUGAUAAGGAUAAAGGAAAAGACAAGGAGAAGAAAAAGCUAGAAAGCGCGCCGCCCUCACAUAUAGGCAAAAGAAAGAAAAAAAAAAAAGGAGUCACGGGACAUUCCAAAUUACCGACGGUUACCCCCAAUACGAAAUGCAGAUUGAAACUUCUAAAGUUGGAACGAAUAAAAGAUUACCUACUGUUGGAAGAAGAAUUUAUUACAAACCAGGAACAGAUAAAAACGACGGAAGAUAAAAAUUAUGUGAAACUAAAAAUUGACGAUUUGAGAGGUUCACCAAUGAGUGUUGGUACGCUGGAAGAACUGAUUGACGAAAAUCACGGCAUUAUUGCCACGUCAGUAGGACCAGAGUACUAUGUAAAUAUACUAUCCUUUGUUGAUAAGGAUUUAUUGGAGCCUGGAUGUUCAGUUCUGCUAAAUAACAAAACGAACAGCGUCGUUGGCAUACUGUUGGAUGAAGUGGACCCAUUAGUCUCAGUUAUGAAAGUGGAGAAAGCCCCCCUAGAAUCCUAUGCAGACAUUGGUGGUUUGGAGUCACAAAUCCAAGAAAUUAAAGAAGCAGUAGAAUUGCCUCUAACCCAUCCUGAGUUGUAUGAAGAUAUUGGUAUUAAACCACCAAAGGGAGUUAUACUCUAUGGCCCCCCAGGCACCGGAAAAACUCUCCUAGCCAAAGCGGUGGCAAACGAAACAUCGGCUACUUUCCUAAGAGUUGUAGGCUCAGAAUUAAUACAGAAAUAUUUAGGAGAUGGACCUAAGCUAGUUAGAGAAAUGUUUAAGGUGGCAGAAGACCACGCACCUUCCAUCGUUUUUAUUGACGAAAUUGAUGCUGUAGGUACGAAGAGAUAUGAAGCGACUAGUGGAGGGGAGAGAGAAAUUCAAAGAACCAUGUUAGAACUACUAAACCAGUUAGAUGGUUUUGAUUCGAGGGGAGAUGUUAAGGUCAUUAUGGCAACCAACCGAAUUGAUUCUCUAGACCCGGCUUUAAUUAGACCAGGAAGAAUAGACAGAAAAAUACAGCUACCUAAUCCGGACACCAAAACGAAGAGAAGAAUUUUCCAAAUCCAUACCAGCAAAAUGACCAUGUCUCCAGAUGUCGAUUUGGAAGAAUUCGUUAUGUCCAAGGAUGAGUUAUCUGGUGCAGAUAUUAAAGCCAUAUGUACCGAGGCAGGAUUGUUGGCUCUGCGAGAAAGAAGAAUGAAAAUUACGCAGGUGGACUUGCGUAAGGCGAGGGAUAAAGCGCUCUACCAGAAAAAGGGCAACAUCCCCGAGGGGUUGUACUUGUAG